CAACAUCUUCCACGUGAAAGUUUGCGAGUUUGCGGAUUGUUAUGGCGGAUAGUGCAACGGGGCUAGACAAGGAAGCUCUCGAUGAAAUCGAAGACCUUACAACGGAAGAUCUUGAAAGUUUGAAACAACAAUUUGACCCCGAGAAUGAACUGCUGCCGGCCAGUGAUCGUGCCCCAAACCAAACCGAAAAGGAGCCAACUGGUCCAUAUGACAGGCAGCAUCUUUUGGAACACAUGAAAGAUGAGGCAGUAAAGUCAGAAGUCGGCAAAAACUGGUUGCCCUUUGAAAAGAAAACUCUCGGAAAGGUUUGGAAACCAAAGCCAAAGAAAGAAACUGACGAUAAAAAUAUUUUACCAAACGAACUGACGGACGUUUUAGAAAAUGCAUCUGAGGCUGAACUGAUGGAAUUGGCAGCCGUUCUUGGCUUACAUGGAAUGCUGAAUCAGCAGCAAAGCGAACAAGCAGAUGCAGAUAAAAUGUGGAAAUCAUUGAAAGGGUCAGGGUUGAAAAAGUACAAACCAGGUGUUGUGAAAAGCACAAGGUACAAAAAAUACACAGACAUCAACGCUGUAAACGAACUCGACCUUGAAAAUGCCAUGUCGCAAUUUAGCAGCAAUGAUCCUGACCUUGUUGAGUUGAAUUUGAAUAACCACAAGGAUGUUACAGAAAAAGUUUUACAUGAAGUAGCACAAGGUUUGAAAACAAACACAAAUCUGAAGCGACUGUUUCUAGCGAACUGCCGCAUGCGGGAUCCAGCAGCGAAGGAAAUCGCGGAAGCCAUGAUUUCGAACACGACAAUUGAAGAACUUAACAUGGAAUCGAAUUUCCUCACAAAAGACGGAAUAACGGACUUACUGAAAAUGCUUCAAUCGAAUACAACAUUAAAGGAAUUCAAACUGGCAAAUCAGGCGCAGACAUCCGGAUAUCAACUAGAGUUGGAAAUCGCAAAGACUUUAGAGAAGAACCACACCCUGCUUCGGUUUGGUUUCAGUUUUGAGACACGCCAAGCGAGACAUCUUGCCAAUAAGCACAUCAUGAGAAACAACGAACAAGCACGCGAGACAAGAAAGCGAGCUAAAACAAGAAUGGAAAUAUUUGUCUAACAUUGCGCAAAUCUCGUGGUGGCUCGACUGGAAUGGUAAAUGGAGAAGUUUGAGUGACAUUUGGCGUUUUCUGUGCUGAUGCAGAUGAAAGUGGUGCUUAAAGUGGGACAGAUGUCGCGUUCAGUGGCACCUGUUUAUGUUUAUACGGGAGUAAAUUUCUUUUGGAAUAAAGAUAUAAAAAGUGACUAUUCAGAUGAAUUUAUUAUUUGACAAGAUAUCUAAGGUCAAAAGGUCAAAGUAGCAAAUUAUCAUUUAGGUAGAAGUAGUAUGUUUAUACGAUAGGGCAGAUUUAGUGGUGUCAAAGGUCGCUUGCUUAGAGAAUGUUUUAUACCUCGUAACUGUUUGUAUCGUUUAAGGCGCUCUGUUUAAACUCUGUUGUGUGAGCAUAUUCCCAAGGGGACUGAUAUCAUAAUACCAUAAGUACAUUGUAGGGUCUGGCUGCAUUCUGGCUGCGCCCAAGAUUUGCGAGGCCAUCUCAAUGCUAUAGUGAAAUAGCCGUCACACUUUGUCCAUAUACUUGACCCAUCUUAGUCCAACACAGUACAUUCAUCGUCAAAGUAAGACUAUGGCCAAAAACUAAAUUAAGCAAUUUAUCAAAUUUUCCCUGUAACCCAACAUUGAACUCUCUGACCUUUGGCCGUUGCCCUCUCGUUGUUACGGGAAAUAAAUGCAUUUUAAUCUGUUUUAAUUUUUUCGUAGUUUGUUCAUUUUAUUCUUUCGUAGUUGGUUUGAAAAUUUAUUUAUGAUGUAUUUGAUUUUAAAACGAAUUUUAAGAAAAUAUCAAAUUUCACCGAGGAGCUUCUCAGAAACCUUAGCAAAUUUAUUUGUUUUUUGUUAAAACAACACCCCAUGUCCCAUCCUAGAAUUCACAGCAUUGACAACCCCCUGCAAUCAAUUACCCCCGUACAAGACACUCCCGUACAUACACGAAUUGAUACUGAACAUAAUGUAUUCAGGAGGGAGUGUACAAUGUGUUUAAAAAGACAUGCGCCAUUCGUGGAUGACGUCAUUUCUGAAGCCAACCUUCCACCGUUUAAUUCUUUUUUUCGUUUUUUAACAAUAAUGGGCUGACGUAUUUCCACAUAGGUAAAUGAUAUUUACAUGAGGUAUUUCAACGUAUAACAGAGUAACAUCAAAGGAUAUUAGUGUGUGUAUAUAUUACUUAUGUUCAGAAUCAUUUCUUCUAUGA